CCAAUAACCCACCCACCAAUCUAAGAAUCUCAAACCAGGAAACAAACAACCCUUAACAGAAAAAAAAAAAAAAAAAAAAAUCAUCUGAAGCAAAAACGAAAACAGAAAAAGAAAGGAAGGAAAGAUGCUCCUCCCUCCACCGCCAACCCUCCUCCUCCCAAACCUCCCCCCGAAAACCCUCGUCGGAAUGGACCUGAUCGCGUUUACAUCGACCCCGAACUUCCACGGCAUCCGCGACAUACCCCCCGGGUGGCAUUUCGUAUAUACCGGAGCGACGGAGGUUCUCUCACUUCGGUGCGGGGGGUGGUUUUAUGUUUCCGGAACCGAUCAUCCCGAUCACACACUUAGCGAUUCGAGAGUGGUUACGAUUUCUACUGCAGGGGUAGCUGGGAAUGAGCCCGAGAUACGCAUCUGGCGCUGGAACCCACAAACCGAGACUCUGGAGCCUUUGUCCUCAGCCGAAAAAGAGCAGCAUGAGGCGAUGCGGUAUAAAGCGAAUCUGGGGAGAGUGUGGCAGAGCGGGGGGUUAUUCGGGUAUCGGAGUCGGGUUCCGAGAGGUUUCAUGCGGAGAAGUAAUGCUAGGGAUGGCACUGAUACUAACACUGGUACUGGCGGCCCAAGCGAGGGUGUUGAAGAAGAGGAAGAAGAUGAACAAGAACAAGGAAGAAGGGAUUGGAACGCACUCACGGAUCGAUUCUCAGGUCAACUAUUAACGAGGGUCACAGGGGAGCCGAAGCUUGAUUGUGAUGGGCGCCCCCGGUGGGUUGUGACCUCUGCAUCGACGGCGAAGAGAGAUAGUGAUGAUAUACCUGGUCUGGGGCCUGGAGGGGGGCUUACAAGUGGUGAGUCCCGUUCUGAUGCAGGUGCUGGCACGGGCACAGGCACAGAUACAGAGGGAGAAGUCGAAAUGGGAAAAGAUCAAGAGAACGAAUUCUCGUUUCUCCCUGUUGAUUUGAAAAUGACAUGGCGGGAGGGUGCAAUCGGGCGUGAGAGGACAGAAGCAGCGCGUGACCGCUCAUGGGCUUUGGGUGAUAUAAUUCAUCGGGUUUCUUUACUCCACCCCGGCUCGGACGAAAGCAGUUCAAAUAACGGAGAGAGCCAAGUACUCGGAGAACUUCAGUUCACGUUCCUGAUGGGGUUGACUUUGAUGAACUACUCGUGUCUGCAGCAGUGGAAGCGGCUUCUGAGAUUGAUAUUGACCUGUCGAAGGGCGAUUGUGGAGCGGGAAACGUUCAUGCGGGACGUUCUGAGGCUAUUGUUACUGCAACUAAAGCGGUGCGAUGAUAUUGAAGGUGGAUUUUUUGAUCUGGACGGCGAAGAAGGAGGGGAGUUUCUGCGGAAGUUGUUGAAAGGUUUCCGCGGGGCGCUUUACGAGGUUCUCGCGGAUGGGAUGGAGUCGCCUGUGAAGGCUGAGUUUGAUCGGCUCGAAACUUGGGUGAAAAAUGAAUAUGAUUGGGAACUUGAUCGAGAGGCUGUAGUUCGCAGGGGAAUGCUUCAGUUAGAGGAUGGGGAGCAGGUGGAAAUAGAUAUGAACGAGGACGAUGAAGAUGAUGAGACGGGGGAGUAUGCACCCGUCAUAGUUGAUUUGGGGGACCAGAGCCACAAUUCACAGUGAUAACUGAGACUGCAAAAAAGCCUGGAAUUAAUUGUUAAGCAUGACAUGUAUUAACUAACUAACCGUCAACAUAUACCCAAUUUCG